CGCUGAAAGUGUGAAGAAACGAAAAGGGUCCGCGUCGACAAGGGCGACAAAAGUGGAGAAAAGUCCACCGAAAAGAAAGCAGAUGGUGGAUGAGGGUGACUCUGGAGAGGAUGCCGAAGGGGUUCCUCCAAGAGAUGUCUCGGAACAGACACAACCUUCCGCCGACACCCGUGAUGAAGCCAUCGACACAACACGGUGCUUCUUCUUGGAGUUCGAUGAAGAUGGGUUUGCAAAGAAGAAAAGGGAACACAUUGAAGUGGACGUCACGAAGAUCUUGCCAAUCCCUGAAGGUGACAUCCUCUUCAACCAUAGAACAUUGGACGAAACGUUGGUGCAGUCCAUAUAUGAUGCGAUCCAUCAUGCGGCCAAGGAAACCAACGGGAAGUGGGAUUUCAUGACUUUCCAAUUGGCUCCCAUUGUGCCCAACACGGACGGUUCUCAAGGAAGACGGAUCACACCGGAGCAAUUCGACGUCGAACUGGCUCAUACAUAUAACUGGUAUGCUGUUGCUGGCCAGCACACGACUGAGGCAAUGAACAGACUCAUUAAAGACAAGUCACCUGUCGAGAAAGUGUAUGGCUUGAGGUCGUACUCUCACAUACAAGUUGUCUACUUUGACGAUGACAGAAAAAGAGGAUAUCCGUACGUCUCGACGUUCGACAACACGAGGGAGGAGCGUUCGAUCCCGAGAUCGUUUUCGUCAUCUGUGCGUCAAAUUAGAACAUUUUGGGAUAAGAGGAAUGGCCGGAUCCGUCCACCAGGGACCGUGUCCGCGAAUGACGUCGAGGGAAUGAAACGGAAAAAGAAAUGGGAAGAGUUCAUGAACGCCGCCUGCAAAAUUACACCUGAUUCCGGUCUCAUGAACUCGUCCCUGGAGAACGACUACUGCAAGGACUGGACGAACAAGAUGCGCAGAUACAUGAAUCUUGCGCAAUGCGGCGAAACAGUAUGGCCACUAGUACAGAAAUUCUUCGACAUGUACGAGAAGGGCCUAUUGCCGCGAGUCGACGGUGUGAGAUACAUCGACCUGCCGGGGAAAGUGAAAGGGAGGCUGCCUGGGCAAUACUUCCUCAAGGACAACUCCGACAAAAAAGUCAUGUUCCACUGCAUCAAGGCCAGGAAGGGGCCACAAGGCGCAACGGUGUCUAUACUUGACGCCGACAAUCUUCAAGCUGUUCGGCGAUAUGACACCGAGAGAGAAGCAAGUGGCGCUUCACCACACGAUGCGUGCAAAAACGGCCUGACGGACGAAAAAUGGACCGAGAAACGCGACCGCAUCCCUGACGACAAGGCGAGGAAGGUGUCGAGGCGUUUGGGCGCUCCUGAUGAGAUUAAUGGUGAGAACGGUGCGGGACUGGAGGCAACCCAAGGCAUGUACAAGGAAACCCCGUUCCACCUCAAGUGUUUCAUCUACGAGGCAAUCGACUGCUUGGACGACCUAAGAGCGGAGGUUAAUUGGAUAUCCUCCAGUGCUUGUCACAUAUUUUGGGAAGUGGGGAAGAGGAUUACCACGAUCCUGCCAUUUGAAAUAGAACCGAAGGGAGUGCUCACCGACAACGAGGAGGUUGUUGGUACGGCGAGGGGGAUGAAGAUACGGGCAACCAUUCUUGAUAUGUCAACAUCACCGAAAUGUGUUCCGUGGGAUGAUGACGCCUUUUCCAAACUGUACGCUUUCCUCAUGACAUGCUUUUGGUACACUGACAUGAUGGUUAUUGUCCUCCACGCCGAGAACGGCAAUUUGGACAAUAUAACGGUUGCGCCGAAAUUGCGAGCCGAGUUGAUAAAUUUGAACGUUGAAGAGGGUGAAUUUGUAAGGUGCUCAGGGGAGUGUAUCGACGUGGAGGGCGACACCGACGCGGUUUAUUCUUGGAUGGAACGAGAGCCAGCACGUCUCCGAAAACUGUGCAGCUCGUUCAUCAGGGAGGACGAUGGCGUGAUGCUGUUGGGCAGGGCGCAUGCGGGACUGAUUUGGGAACUCGCUCGCGCCGGACACCACGUGUUUGCGUGUGACGACACGACAAAAGAGCUCACAUACCUUUUCCAGUUCUUGGACUUUUAUGUGAAGGAUCCGAGGAACAAAUGCAGGUUCGAAAAGCCCCAAGUCGAGCACCGCAAGGACCGGGACAUUUACUAUAAGCUCGGCAGGAGGAGGGAGAAAGUGUGGGCUUACUUGCUCGGUGACGCUCCACGGACGACGGUUGAUAACGACUACGUCAUCAGGAAAAGUGAACUCGAGAUCAAAAUGAACGAGUACCACGGAUCGCACAUGGGUGCUUUCCACAUGUUCGUCGCGCGUUGUGAGCAUCUGUAUUUCAAUAUGAAGAAAAAAACAUUGUCAUGCAGGGACUAUGUGGACUUGGCAUGUAAAGCGGGGAACUUCAACAACAUCGAUUGUGAUGAAGACACGUCAGACUCUGACCUGGACGUUCCGUCGCACGCGACACGACGUUCGGCGCAGGGAGCACGUGCCGAGGAACCGCAAGGGAGCACCAACGCAGAAGCGGAGAAGGCGAGGUCGAGUUUAGGAGCGACACAUGCUAGUGAGGGAGACGUGGAACAUAGAAUGAAUGCAAGGGGAGAAAAGAAUGGUGUACCAACGAACCUGGUGGGUGCGAGUGAGGGAAUUGUUAACUCAUGGGGCAACACAGGGGGAGGAGAGAAUGGGUGUGAAAUGACCUCGCCGACAGCUGGACCAUCGACACAUGCACCGCAGGCCGAGCAGCGAACGCUCACGUCGAUGGACACAGAUGAAGAUGAAGACAUGGAUAUGACAACAGUCAUGCCGAAGCUCGUGCCAGGAAAACCGUUACCUCAAGGCUUUGCUCAAGACCUUUCAGUGCCAUACUUGCUGCAAGACAAGUACAAGGAGUCAUCAGAGGAGGAUUGGGGUCAUCAUAUUCUCUGGCAUGAGGGCGUGUUCGAACCGUGUGUGUUUGCGGGCAAGUGGCAAAUGGUUGUGAAGACAAGAGACCGCGGGUGGGUCGCGAAGGAAAGAAAGGACGCUGUGAUAUGGCACAGCGUGACGGAGACGCAACGUUUUCGGCGGGUUGCACAAGAAAAUGUCGGUGCAACCGAGGUGGUUGUAGCGGCAAAGGCGAAAGCUUUGUUUGAGCAACUGCGUGCGAACAAACAACUAGAAUUCAACACAAAGUUCUACGACCUUGCAUCAAGUGUGUCGUACGACUCCAUCGAUUGGAAAAUCAAACAAGCGUCAGCAGUGCAAGGAAUCGAUAGCAUCACCUCUCUGAAGACUCAAGACGUCAUCGCGUCUAACACCAUCGUUGCGAUGGCCAGAGGGGAUGCAGGCUGCGAAACGGACACACGUGCGAACGCAGGUCACAUACAGAAUGAACAGUUGCGAGCAUGUAUUCAACAAAGCACACAGAGAAGCGCAAUGGGGGAUUCCACUAUGAUACGCAAGGACAGCGACGACAUGGAGUCGGGCACAUUGAUAGAGCCGCCAACGCGCGGGGUCGACGAUGGGGCAACAAUCGUUGGAUCUUUCGGGUCUCUUGUCGCGACAGUGGCGGCGAGGCAAGGCGUAUCUGAAAUGAUGGAGACCGAUGCGGGCCAGGAAGCUGAAAGCCAGACCGUGAAGGUGGCGCCAGAGCAGGUGGCGACAACAACAAAGGAGACGAAGAAAGGUGAAGGAUCUCGCGAACAUAUUUCCGUAAUAGAUAUGAGAUCGGCGAGUACGGGCGAGGAUAUGAUCCAAGAUAACGACCAGAAAGAUGAUCACGUCGCACCACGAGUGGAAGGUGACGACGAAGAGGACGCGCAACGACCGAGACGGUCAAAGAGAGCAGUAAUUAAGAAAACUGUGUUUGAUGCGUAGGAAAGUCUUAGACGGGCAUGGGCGUUUACACGUUUCAGGUUAUAUUGAUGUGUCGCCACAAAUCAUGAUGCGAUAUUCACCGGUCUACGCAUUUCUUGUUAAAUUGAUAGGUAGUCGAUGGGUACUAUGUUAGAAAACUAUGUUAGACAGGAAUGGGUGUGAACGCGUUUUGGGUUAUAUUGUUGUCUUAAUGAAAGUGUUAUUGUGAC